AACCUAAAUCAAUUAUCCAAUUAAUAAUCUAGUGAUGCUCGUGGAAUAAAUUUUCUCCUUUCAGAGAUAUUAACAUAAAAUGGGAAGAGAAAUACUCACGUGUCGAGAUGUCCUCUGGAUUCUGGUGUUUUGUGGAUUCGCAAUAAAUUACAUGCUCAGGAUAAAUCUCAAUCUGGCAAUCGUGGCGAUGGUGAUCCCAAGGACCAAAGGACCUGCGAUGGCGGAAUGCUCUCUCCAAAAAAUUCCGGGGAGCAGUCCCUCCAACAAAUCUCUCUACACGAUGACUUCAACGAUUUCUCAAAAAUUAACGACUGAUAAUUUGUUCGAUUGGAGUGAAUACGAUCAGGGUCUAGCCCUCGGUGCUUACUACUGGUUCCACUGGUUGACACAAUUGCCUGGGGGUCUAUUAGCCCGAAGGUACGGAACAAAAAUGGUUUUUGGUGUUGGAAACCUCGCGACCGCUGCUCUAGGUCUUCUCAUACCUUUUGCAACUGAGCAUCAUCUCUACGGAUUAGUCGCCAUCCGAGCCCUUCAGGGGUUCAUUUCGGGGGUCAUAUGGCCUUCGAUGCACGACAUGACAGCUAAAUGGAUUCCACCGAUGGAGAGGAGCAAAUUCGUCAGCGCUUAUUUAGGGAGUUCUGUUGGAGCUGCUGUUACGUAUCCCCUUUGUGCGUUUAUCAUCGACUGGAUCAACUGGCGAGCAGCUUUUUAUAUCACCUCCAUCAUCGGUAUCAUCUGGUACUGUUUCUGGUUUUUCCUGGUGUACGACACCCCCAAGGAGCACCCAAGAAUCCACGAGAACGAGUUCAAUCACAUCGUGGAGAGUCUAGGAGACACAGUGUCCACUUCCCAGAACGUCAAAGUCCCCUGGAAGGAAUUGCUCCUGUCAGGGCCAGUUUGGAUCACAAUAAUCGCCCACUGGGGUGGGGUCUGGGGUUUCCUAACUUUCAUGACACAAGCCCCAUCGUACUUCAACUUCGUCCACGGAUGGAACAUAAACGCAACUGGACUCUUGUCGGGGCUUCCCCACGUUCUUCGCAUGAUUUUCUCCUACAUUUAUUCAAUCUUCAGCGAUUGGCUCCUGCGAACUCAGAGAAUGUCUCAUAAAAACGUGAGAAAACUCGCGAAUUUCGUGACAACUGGGGGUGGAGCACUCUUCACCCUGGGGUUGAGUUUCAGUGGAUGUCAGCCCAUUCUUGCCAUCAUCUUCAUGAUGGCAGGAACUGCUAUCAAUGGUGCUGUGUCAGCGGGUACACUCGCUGUAUUCGUCGAUCUGAGUCCCAAUUUUGCGAGUGUCCUGUUGGGAUUCUGUGGAUUAGUGACGACUGGCGCGGGAUUCAUAUCUCCAUUGAUUGUGGGAAUUCUCACUAAUCACAGGCAAACGAUAGAACAAUGGCGCCUGGUGUUUAUGAUAGCAGCAGCAAAUCUGGGAAUCAGUGCGAUUGCUUAUCAGUUCUGGGGAACAGCUGAUGUACAGCCGUGGAACGAGUGCAAGGAACGGGAAGGGGAAUCCCCCGAUGAAUUGACUGGUCUGAGAUCGAAGAAACGAGAAGAAUCUGAUGAGACUGAUAAAGUAGAUGUAUGAUAAAACUAGAAGACGAUCGGACAAUACGAACACUUGGUCAGUGUUUUUAUCGUCUGAUCGUCCUCACCUGCUCCUCACGCUUUUAGAAAAAUUAUUUGACAAACUCUUGAAUUUCUAGUAGAAAAGAAUCGAUCGGCUGACAAAAAACAACGAUCGGCUAGAAAAAAAAACUGAUUUUUAUGUAAAUAUUAGUGGCUUUUCAGUCUAGUCGAGAAUAAAUCCAUAUUUUUCAACAGGUGUGAAUAAAGUAAAACUUUUACAACAACAAAUUCUCCAAUAAUCAAUAGUCAACAAUUAAUUGUAAAAAUAUCUACUUCAUGCUUUCCCUUAUUAAUGUCAAAUACGAGAAUGCCGUGGUGAUGAUCUGAAAAAAAAAAGGAGAUUUAAUUAUUUUCUCCGGAAUUCUGGAAUGUGCAAUUUUAUCGAAUUAAUCAUUA